AAGUGUCAGAAUUGCGCGUUGUUAUAUACACUUUUUUGUCGUCUGCAAAGACGGGAUAAUUUUGCUACUUCAGUGUUAAAUCAAUUUAUUUGAAUAUUCAAGUGUUUUUCAAAAGUAAUUCAGUGCUAAAGAGUAUUGAGUGCUGUAUAUUUUGGACGAAUAUACCACACAAGUUAACCUACAACAAGAACACAUUUUUCCAAUCGGAACGUGAAUACAAAACGUACGGGCGUCAAGGCAGACGGCAGCCAAAUUAAGAAACAAAGCUAAAAUGGUGUGAAAUUAUUGCCGGAGACCGGGUUUUUAGUGUGCAUCGGUCAUUUUUUAGCAGUGAUUUGGUUAUUUUGCAUUUUCAUUUCCGGAAUUGGUUUAGUUGAAAUUCUGUUGAUUUUAAGAAACCCCCUUCGAUUUUUCGCAAUUAAUACGUUUCACAUAUAUACGAGUACAUAAACAAAAGCUAAGUUAUGUCAUCAACCGCUAGCAAGAGGAAAGAAAUCUACAAAUACCUAGCGCCAUGGCCGCUAUACUCCAUGAACUGGAGUGUUCGUCCUGACAAACGAUUUCGUCUUGCUUUAGGCAGUUUCAUUGAGGAAUACAACAACAAAGUCCAAAUCAUAAGUCUCGAUGAAGAUACCAGCGAAUUCAGUGCUAAGAGCACUUUCGACCAUCCAUACCCGACUACUAAAAUAAUGUGGAUACCAGAUUCCAAAGGAAUCUAUCCCGACUUAUUAGCAACCAGCGGUGACUAUUUACGUGUUUGGCGCGCCGGGGAACCAGAUACACGGCUGGAGUGUAUUCUAAAUAACAAUAAAAAUAGUGACUUCUGUGCGCCAUUAACAUCGUUCGAUUGGAAUGAAGUGGAUCCGAAUCUCGUUGGCACCUCCUCGAUUGACACAACGUGCACAAUCUGGGGCCUGGAAACAGGACAACCACAUGGACGUGUCUAUGUAUCCGGUCAUGUUAAAACACAACUGAUUGCGCAUGAUAAAGAGGUAUAUGACAUAGCUUUCUCACGAGCAGGCGGUGGACGCGAUAUGUUCGCAUCGGUCGGCGCAGAUGGCUCAGUUCGUAUGUUCGAUCUGAGGCAUUUAGAACAUUCGACUAUCAUAUAUGAGGAUCCCACGCAUACGGCUUUGUUACGUUUAGCCUGGAAUAAACAGGAUCCGAAUUAUUUAGCCACAGUAGCGAUGGAUUCAUGUGAAGUUAUAAUUUUAGAUGUUCGUGUUCCUUGUACACCUGUUGCAAGACUGAGCAAUCACAGAGCGUGCGUCAAUGGUAUUGCGUGGGCGCCGCACAGUUCCUGUCACAUAUGCACUGCCGGUGAUGAUCACCAAGCACUGAUCUGGGAUAUACAACAAAUGCCGCGCGCAAUUGAGGAUCCAAUAUUGGCAUACACAGCCGCCGAAGGUGAAGUGAAUCAAAUACAAUGGGGUGCGACACAACCCGAUUGGAUAGCGAUUUGCUAUAAGAAAGCAUGUGAAAUAUUGCGUGUCUAGAAAUGGCAUAAUACGACGCCAAAAAUAAGCAGCAUGCGCACAUACAUCGCCACAGCUUCAGCCACAAACAUUAUUAUAAUCUAUGUAAUAUAUCUGACGAUAAUUACAAGUAGCUACUUCAAAAUUUUUUUGACAAAAAAAUCUUAACUGCGACUAUUUUAUGGUCAGUUCUGUUCUAUGACCGUUCGUAUGUAGUUCGCUGUGAGUUUUGUUAAAGGUUGCGACUUUUGUUCAUUUUAUUCAAAUAUGUAGUUUGCUUGUAUUUAUUAUUAUUUUUUUUUUUUAGUUUUUUAAUCAUUUAGUAAUUUUUAGGUUUAAAUUAAGUAAAGUAAAAUGCAAACAAACACUAAUUGGAAAACGCUUUUAUUUAUCAGAAAUUACAAGAAAAAAUUAAGAAAUUUAUGGAAUUCCCUCUAAACUCGAAAGUGUGGAAAUCAUGAAAGUAUUUUUCAUACAAUUGAGUAAAUUCAUUAAAUACAACAAUACUUUAGGCUUUUGAAGGUUUUCAGUUAGUUUAAAUGAAUAACAUUAAUUAAUUUAUUUAUUUAUUCUUUGCAUACUCAUUUUGCCUGGUUUUGUUGUUCCUUUUCGGGUGUUCAUCUCAUUAAUCGCGACAAGUGACGCUAUUGAUUGUCGUUUAUUUUUGUUUUGAUUAUAAAUCGCUGAACGAAUGUAAUUCUGAAUCUGAUAAAUGUAUGUAUGUACCAAACACAUCAGUGCUGUGUGGCAGGGUGUAUAAAACUAAGCAUUUUGUAAUUAACAUUGUAUGUACAUUUCUUACCACUACUUCAAUUGGCAUACAUAUAAUGUUAGCAUACCAUACAAACAUACAUACAUAUGUACAUAAAUUAUAUAGGUACAUACGAGUGUAGUGACUCUAAAGCGGUCAUAAAUUAAAAAGCAAAACCCAAAAACUUAACAAGUAAACAGUGGUAAGUAAGUGACUAACACCUAAAAUUAGCCUAGCAAUAUAAACUAUACAUUUACUAUAUACAUAACAUGAGCCAGAGCCACAUCAAUAGAACUGAUUACAAACUUACUAAACUAAUUAUUACUUACUCGUCAAUGCAAUAUAAAAAAGUGUAAUUUUCUUUAUUAACAGCAAUGCGAACCGAUCGAAACGUAUAUGAACUACACCAACAGAAAUUAAAAACCAAAAAAAAAA